AUGGAAUGUAUACCGACAAACCUUGAAUUAUGUAAACGAUCAAUAGAUACUUUUGCUAAGCUUCCACAGUUGAUAAAACUAGCCGGAAAAUACAUGCCAGUUUGCACGAUUGAUACCAGACCAGAAUGGUGCUCAUUUCUUGGUUUUAAAACUCAGUUUAAUGUGCGAGAAUGUUUACAAUUACUCGACUUAAUAUCAUCAGAAACUGAUAAGAUUGAUCAAGAAAAUGAGAAUCGUGUUCAAGCAAUCUAUAGUCAUCUGUUAAUAUUAUUGCCAAAGACACCAGGACAUCAACAAAAAUGUAAACCAUUACGUUUACUGGAUGAAAAUAAAGCAUUUGUACCGGCAAAGCAACUUCAUUUUAAUAUGGAUGAGACUAACAUCGUGCUGGAGAAAAACACAUUUCUUAUGCUGAAACUCGAUCAUGAUAACAAAACAAAACCUAAUCUGAAACAAUUUUUAGAUUUUUUCAGUAUUAAUCAGAUUCGCCUACAAGAUUUAAUUUUGCGACCAAUAAACGCCCAAGAAGCGGUUGGUUUCAGGCGAAAAUUGCUCGAUAGUGUAGAAUUUAUGAAAAUAUGGUUUUCCAGAAAUAAAAACUGUGCAAAAAUUAUAAAGAGUCAGCUAGAGAGAAUAAUAUCCAGUCUGAAACUAUUCGAAGCAGAUCGUCUGGAAUUGAUGUACAAUGAAGUAGUCAUCAAACUUACUAAUGUUCAUCUAACAACAGAUCAACUGUACGUAAUGCGACCAUGGAAUUCUCAAUUAAAUGAAUUAACGCUGUCAACGAAGUUAUGCGAGCUUCUUUCAUUGAAAGGAGUUGAGGAAGAAAUGAAUUUUUUGUUGUCUGAGGCGCCGACAGCAAUCGAAGCUCGAUUUAUUGAAUUAAACAUACCAUUGGGUAAUCAAAACGAUGACAACAAUAACUCGAGUUUUGAUUCGGCUGCGCAAAAAGUGGUAAGCAUAACUAAUACUGAAGUGAAAAGCUAUGUUCGAUUUUAUUUUCGUCCGCUAACCCCUACACAAUACACAAACGAAAAUCUGGGCAACACGAAUGGAACUGAGCGGUUUGGAAACGCUCCAAUCUGUCCAAUUCCGAUCUUUAUCAAAAUUCCAUUAAAAAGCAUUUUUAAACAAGCUGACAUUGAAUGGAAGAUUAGUCUAGGUAAUAUGGCGAGAAAAUCAAUGAAAUACGGCAAUACGUUAGGCAUAAUUAAUCAGUUUGACUUCAACAGCGUCUAUUGUGAGGAACUUAGCGAUAGACAAUUUGCUAGUUCUCAACAAGAAUUUUUGAUUAAGUCACAGUUACCGUUGAAUGUAAUCGACGAUAUCGAAGUCAUAUGUCAAAAUGUUGCUGCUGUUGAGUGUCUCUCAUAUAUGUUAGAAGAUAAUAAUCCUUUUAAAGACAAAAUUAAAGUAGAUGAAAGGAUGUAUCAUGGCCGAAACCCAAAAUUUUUGAUUGUUGAAAAUCCUAAAUCAUUAAAAAUAUCAAUUCAGCAAGAAAAAAAAGAUGGCAAGAUAAUUCUAAAGUAUUUUAAUAAAAACGAUGCUGAUAAUGUUAAGAGCGAAGUAGCCAUAUUAGUUCCAGAAACAAUGACAGUAUCUAUUGAUAUAAAAAGUAUCAAUUAUGCCAUUUUUUAUGCCCAUAAUGGACAUAUAUGGCUGAUAGCGACGAACCACAAACAUCCCAAAUUCACAUUACCACAUGUGCGUCAGUUGCUAGAAGAUUACCUAGAUAAUAUUACUGCUAUGGAUCCAGCCUAUAUUCUCGACAUACUGAAGGAACAUCCAGUGUUACAGUAUUUGUAUGAACAAGCAGGUCAAAAUGGACACACUCUUACAGUAAUGGAAAUGUUCAAACAACACUGUGACAUCCAGAGCAAUAUUGUCUCUAAAAGUUUUUAUAUUUUGCUGGCUCUUCAUGCUGUAGGUUUGCCAGAAGCAAAAUUAGCAAAUAAAGAACAAGAUCAUCAACGUUUCACAUUAAAAAUUGUUGCUGAAGUUUGCGAUAUCAUUCCAUUAUCGAACUCAGUACUUCAGCAAAUAAAAAAAUUCAUUGAUUCAGAUCACAUUCGUAACUUAGUUUACGCAUACAGUGGUCCCUCAGCAACCAAUUUAACAUCGAUAAUACAAACAAUGUGGGCCGACUAUAAUCAACAGUUUAAUCUCUUAUAA